AUGUCAAGGAAGCAAGGUGACAACCCUGUCACCCCGCUUCUAGCAAAGCGUGUACUGUCCAGCACCCGUACGGAGAAAGCUCCCAUGCACGUCUACCUCCUGCCUGUAACCCCGUCUCUAAUCACCAGCCCAGUUCAAAGAAGAAGCAGAAAUUCAAGACAUUCAAGUCAAUUUGCGGCGUCUGUUUAUUUCCAAAUGUCUACCAUGAGAGCCGCCGUCAUUCACGCUCCUGGUCGUGCGGAAGUGCUCCGGCUUGAAGAAAUCCCAAUCCCGGUAGCAAACCAAGGUCAAGUCCUUAUCCGGAUCCAGGCGUUUGGGCUGAACCGCUCCGAGCUUUUCACCCGCCAGGGCCACUCUCCUGGCGUUCGGUUUCCCCGUGUGCUGGGCAUCGAGGCUGUCGGAACAAUAGCAGCAGCGCCGGGCGGAGAGUUCCAGGAGGGUGAUAUUGUUGCAACCGCUAUGGGAGGUCUUGGACGGGCUUUUGAUGGCGGAUACGCGGAAUACACCUGCGUGCCAGCAGAGAACGUCCAGGCCAUUCCCCCGGAGGUGGCGGACGGGCUUAGCUGGGACACCCUUGGCGCAAUGCCAGAGAUGCUGCAAACUGCGUGGGGAUCAUUAUUCAAGUCACUGAGGCUGAGCGAAGGCGACAAACUCCUGAUCCGCGGGGGGACGACCAGCGUUGGCCUCGCCGCCGCUUCUCUCGCCGCCGAUCACGGGGCAACGGUCAUGGCUACAACACGAAGAACCAGCGAGGACGUCGCUGACCUCAUGAGACGAUAUGGUGCAGGAGAGGUAGUCGUCGACACUGGGAGAAUUGCAGUGGAAGUGCGUAAGAUCUGGCCUGGAGGCGCUGACAAGGUCUUGGAACUUGUUGGAACGACGACCUUGGAUGACUCGAUGCUGUGUGCGAAGGAAGGUGGCAUCGUCUGCAUGUCUGGCAUAGUGGGAAACGAGUGGAUGUUAAAUAACUGGAACCCGAUGGAGUCUAUUCCCUCGGGAGUCUACUUGACUGCAUACAGUGGUGGACGGGAGGAGUUCAUGGAGACACCAUUGAGCGAUCUGGCGCGGAAGAUCAAAGAUGGUAAGCUCAAGUUGCGAAUUGGCAAGACUUUCACCUUGGACGACAUUGUAGACGCGCAUAGGUCUUUGGAGGAGAACAAAGCCUUGGGUAAAAUCGUGGUACUGGUAUAGAUGGAGGGGAUGUGGUGCAGGCGUAGCCAGUGUA